GGAGCGCAGCCAGUCGGUGGUGACGGUGGCGCCGCACCUGCAGCAGCUCUGGAUGUACCGAUGCGCGGAGACGGCCGGUUGUCGCGUCACAUGUGUUCGCUGGAACAGGGCCAACCCGGACCUGCUAGCCGUCACCUACGCCACGCUCGCCAUCGGCGAUCACCCGGGCCUGGUGUGCUGCUGGUCACCCAAGAAUCCAGACCAUCCGGCUCUGAUAUACCGGCCGCCGACCGGCGCCACGUGCUGCGACUUCUCCGAGCACAACGCCGCCCUACUGGCGGUCGGCUGCUACGACGGCUCCCUGGCGUUGUACAGCACCAGCCAGAAGACGCCGAGGCCCGUGUCCGACUGCUUCAGGAGCACCGACAAGCACAUGGGCGCAGUGUGGGACGUGCAGUUCGUGAUGAAGGACCAGGGCGUGGGCGAGGCGCAGCGCGAGGUGCUCAUGACCAUCUCGGAGGACGGCCGCGUGCUGCAAUGGACCACGCGCCAGGGCCUGCAAAACGUGCCUGUGAUGACGAUGCGCCGCGACCCCAGCUUCUCCAACAAGAAGGAGACGCGGACGCGCAAGUCGGAGGCGUUCAUCUCGCGCUUCGCCGUAGGCAUGCAUUUCAGCUUCAACCCGACCAACUCGGCUCAGUACCUGGUGGCCACGGAGGCGGGCUCAGUGCACCGAUGCUCCACCUCGCACUCAGACCAGUACCUCUUCACGUACUCCGGCCACAUGGGACCUGUGUACCGCGUGCACUGGUCGCCGUUUGUGCCGCACGUGCUACUCACGUGCUCAGCCGACUGGAGUUUCCGCGUGUGGCACGUGGACCACAAGACAGCCGUGCUCAGCGUGCCCAGCGCCAGCAAGUCGGCCAUCAACGACAUCCAGUGGAGCCCCGUGUGCGCCACGCAGCUGGCGCUCUGCACCGACCGCGAGGUGGAGGUCUGGGACCUGGCCGUCAGCGCGCUGGACCCGCUGAUUGUGCACCCGAGCGUAUCUCGCGCCGCCGCCAACACGACGCUGACGUUCGGCGACCAGGGCGCCUGCCUGCUGAUCGGCGACACCAACGGCGGCGUCACCGUCUACCAGAUGGAGAGUCUGCCGGAGCCGGAGCCGGACCAGGCGGAGAAGCUGGAGGCCGUGGUGGAGACGCAGCUGUCACGCCUGCUCAGCACCCAGCAGGAGGAGGAGGAAACGGAGGAGGAGGCGGCGGCCGAAGCCAAGGCGGAUUAAGUCGCUCUCCAUGAGGAGGAUUGCCCAAGACGAGGUCUGGGAGGCCGGAGUUCGGGCUCUGCGGUUCAUUCGCGCCUAGUUUUCUGAGGGUGCUGGCUGUCAGUCGAAAGAUGUAUUGUUGUUAGAAUUAGUGCUGGGUGUAGGGGCGACGGUGCAAAUACACACGCCGCGUUAUGCUUGCAAUGCACUGUCUUCAGACGCCAUGAUAACUGAUGUUGAGAAAACAGGUUAGCAUACAUAGUAUGGCUGCCACUACCAAAUAAUGUCUGGACCACCCGUCGCAUGCAUUUGUGAGUUGCUACAGCAAUGCUCACACCUAUCUGGAUUUGGUGAGCAUGAAGAAAUUAUGCCUUGCUCCCAGUAUCUAAACACUGCACACCAACGUGCAAAAGAGUGGCUUGAACAAUGAUCAUGGGCAAAGAGCUUUUGCUGUAAACAUGCUGAAAAUAUGAGGCCGCAGUGUGCUGAAGUGAUCGCGCCAUUCGAAGAACGCCUGCUAAUUAAUGCAGCUGUACGUGUGUUUGCCGCAUCACAUCGUAUAUUUACGU